AUUCACCGCCUCCGCUCCUCCUCGUCAUCUUUCGGAGGCAACUUUGGAGCCCACAAAAGAAGCCCACAGUGGUUCUUGGACGCGCGCCGCGGUGACCACACGUCUUCUUUCCCUGCCCGACUGGCCCGACCCUCUCUGCGCUGACCGUCUCUUGGUAGCAUAAAAGACGUAGGACUAGCGUCAGAGAAAAAACACCUUGCGGAUUUUAUCCACCCUUCGCGACAACGACCGGCGGCUCGAGAUGACCAAGUUGGCUCUCUACGGAACUCUGCUCGUCGCGGCGGUCUGCAUCACGCUGGCCGCUGCCGACCACCACGAGUCGCUCAAGAAGCACCGAGGCGAGAAGAAAGCUCACAGCGUUCUGGAAGGCAGCGACACCUGGAGGAAGCUACACCGGUCCAACAAGCACAGCAAGGAGCGUUUUCACCACCACGAGAAACACAACGAGAAGGAGCUGAAGAAGAUCCAGAAGCACGCCGUGCUCUCGGUGCCUCGCCACGAAGCCAGCCUGCAGGGGGACACCCUGGUGAACCGGCGGGCGGCCCACAAGCGCCAGCACGACCCCCACAGCACCGACAUCCACCUCCAGGACCUGGCGCACCCUAACGGCGGACACGCGCACCCGCACCACGAGAAGCUGACCCACGCCAACCACAGGCCCUCCGUGAAGCACGAGCGCCACAACACGUCGCCCCCCGUGCGCUCUGGACACCAGAUCCACCGCCCCCUGCCACAGUUCGACCGCGAGGACAUCGAGGACCGCCGUCCGGUGCACAUCCACACCAACAGCAGGGCCCGCUCUGCACUCCGCUACGCCAAGCAGAGCCGGAGGGUCCACAAGGACGGCAAGGAGCGCAAGUUCAAGAAGGCCUUCGAGAAGAAGUCUCAGCAUUCCAAGCCGCACUACGUGUGGUAGAGCGACCGGCGGCACGGUUCGCACGAGCAAGGAGCAAGGACGUUUUCGGGGUGGGAGCAAGCUUAAAGAGUUCUGUUGAAGAGAGGGGGGGGGAGGCGCAUGAUACUCUCAUUACGUUAGUUAACUCAAAAAAUCCGAGCGAGUGUCUCGUUCCAGAACGGUUACCAGAGUUGCAUCUCGGACAGUGUUCGUUCCGUACCCAGGGAGCACUAUGUUGACGAGACCUGCGGUUAAGCGCGGAUUCUUACAACGGGUGCCACUUACGGAUCUAGACAAAAAACAGGCAGUGCGUUUCGGGUAGAGCUCUGGUCACUCGUAUCGCGACGAGAGUAUUGAACAUUUUCAAAAAUAAUUGGUUUUCGAAGGAAGACUGAGAGGUUAAUUGGGCCGUGCUCAAAGCUAGCUUGCAAAAUCCUGUUUACUCCGUCAAGGUGUUCGAUCUCUGUGCAUUGAAAAAAAAAAAAUCAAAAGGUUUCACAAGAACUCAACUGCUGUGCAGCUUUGUAAGGAAUGAAUGUAAUCUCUGUUAUGUAAAGGAAUCGAGACAGCUAAGAUCGAUACCGCAACUGUUGCCCACAAAUUUCAUAUUGCAGGAGGAUAGAAACUUGAAAAUGAAAAUCCGGCAACGAUCGCUAAGGAAGUGGGAGCUUGUUUGGAAUCCUGUGGAGCGCUUCGGUUAUGAAGAGUGAUGAUGCUGAUACUUGUUCGAGCAUGCCAUUGCAGGCUACGAUUUUCUGUGCAUACUCUUUUGUUUUGUUUGCAUUUUGGUGGUUUUGGCUCUCAGCAUUGCUAACAUCAGACUUUUCACGUGGGGAAAUCGACAACACUUUACUUCGUCCGCUCAUUAAUGAUUCCUUCGAGUAUGUAUACUAAUACAAAAUAAGACAUAAAACGGUGAUAAUAAACGCUCAAAUAUAUUUUUUCUCAAUUGA